GUUUCUAACUUUUCUAUGCUGAUGCUGUGAGCCAGUUCUGUUUUUUGUUUUUUUAUUUUAAUUUGUUGCUGUAGUGUAAUUACUAAACAUACUAAAGCGAUUUAACUUUUUGGCUGUAUAAUUAUUAUUAAAGUACAUAAAAUCAAGUCUAAUCAAAUGGAAGUGAAACAAGAAAUUAGUGAGGAAACGUGUAAACUAGAAAUAGAGUAUAAUGACUUGGAUGAUGCCCUUUUGGAUGGCUUUAAAUGUGAAGUUAAGGAGGAAUGUAACAGGCAAAGUACACAUGACACAAACGAUUAUUUAGACUUAAAAGAACAUCCCAAACAUACUGAAAUAGGACAACAUGGAAAUAAACUUGACCCAUUUGAAGAAAACCAAGCAAAAGGUUAUCUCCAAGACGAACAUAAAAUGGAAAUUAUGGGGACACUAAUUGAUUCAUCUUACGAUGGAAAUUAUACAACUCAACAGGCUGAAGGAAAAACAAAUCAAAAUAUGAAAGGUCUGACUGGACAAAGACCUUACAAGUGCAAUAUUUGUUCUAAGCAGUUUAGCCAAACAAGUCAUUUGAAAGCACAUUUGAGAAUACACACUGGAGAAAAGCCUUACAAGUGUGAAAUUUGUUUUAAGCAAUUUGUUCAAUCAAAUGAUUUGAAAAGACAUUUGAGAGCGCACACUGGAGAAAAGCUAUACAAGUGUGAAAUUUGUUUUAAACAAUUUAAUCAAACAAGUCAUUUGAAAACACAUUUGAGAGUGCACACUGGGGAAAGACCUCACAAGUGUGAAAUUUGUUUUAAGCAGUUUACUUUAGCAAGUCAUUUGAAACCACAUUUGAGAGUGCACACUGGGGAAAAACCUCACAAGUGUGAAAUUUGUUUUAAGCAAUUUAGUGAAGGAACUCAUUUGAAAAAACACUUGAGAGUGCACACUGGAGAAAAACCGUACAAGUGUGAAAUAUGUUUAAAGCAGUUUAGUGGAGCAGAUAAGUUGAAAAAUCAUUUAAGAAUACACACUGGGGAAAAACCUUACAAGUGUGAAAUUUGUUUUAAGCAAUUUAGUGAAGCAACUAAUUUGAAAAGACAUUUGAGAGUGCACACUGGAGAAAAGCUAUACAAGUGUGAAAUUUGUUUUAAGCAAUUUAGUCAAGCAAGCAGUUUGAAAACACAUUUGAGAGUGCACACUGGGGAAAAACUUCACAAGUGUGAAAUUUGUUUUAAGCAAUUUAGUGAAGCAAGCAGUUUGAAAACACAUUUGAGAGUGCACUCUGGGGAAAAACCUCUCAAGUGUGAAAUUUGUUUUAUGCAAUUUACUGAAGCAACUAAGUUGAAAAGACAUUUGAGAGUGCACACUGGAGAAAAACCUCACAAGUGUGAAAUUUGUUUUAAACAAUUUAGUGAAGCAAGCAGUUUGAAAAAACAUUUGAGAGUGCACACUGGAGAAAAACCGUACAAGUGUGAAAUAUGUUUAAAGCAGUUUAGUAGAGUAGAUAAGUUGAAAAAUCAUUUAAGAAUACACACUGGGGAAAAACCGUACAAGUGUGAAAUAUGUUUAAAGCAGUUUAGUGGAGCAGAUAAGUUGAAAAAUCAUUUAAGAAUACACACUGGGGAAAAACCUUACAAGUGUGAAAUUUGUUUUAAGCAAUUUAGUGAAGCAACUAAUUUGAAAAGACAUUUGAGAGUGCACACUGGAGAAAAGCUAUACAAGUGUGAAAUUUGUUUUAAGCAAUUUAGUCAAGCAAGCAGUUUGAAAACACAUUUGAGAGUGCACACUGGGGAAAAACUUCACAAGUGUGAAAUUUGUUUUAAGCAAUUUAGUGAAGCAAGCAGUUUGAAAACACAUUUGAGAGUGCACUCUGGGGAAAAACCUCUCAAGUGUGAAAUUUGUUUUAUGCAAUUUACUGAAGCAACUAAGUUGAAAAGACAUUUGAGAGUGCACACUGGAGAAAAACCUCACAAGUGUGAAAUUUGUUUUAAACAAUUUAGUGAAGCAAGCAGUUUGAAAAAACAUUUGAGAGUGCACACUGGAGAAAAACCGUACAAGUGUGAAAUAUGUUUAAAGCAGUUUAGUAGAGUAGAUAAGUUGAAAAAUCAUUUAAGAAUACACACUGGGGAAAAACCUUACAAGUGUGAAAUUUGUUUUAAGCAAUUUAGUGAAGCAACUAAUUUGAAAAGACAUUUGAGAGUGCACACUGGAGAAAAGCUAUACAAGUGUGAAAUUUGUUUUAAGCAAUUUAGUGAAGCAAGCAAUUUGAAAACACAUUUGAGAGUGCACACUGGGGAAAAACCUCACAAGUGUGAAAUUUGUUCUAAGCAAUUUAGUCACGCAAUCAAUAUGAAAACACAUUUGAGAGUGCACACUGGGGAUAAACCUCACAAGUGUGAAAUUUGUUUUAAGCAAUUUAGUGAAGCAGGCAGUUUGAAAAAACAUUUGAAAGUGCACACUGGACCAUACAAGUGUAAAAUUUGUUUUAAGCAGUUUUCUCAUAAUCAUACUUUGAAAGGACAUUUGAAAGUACAUACAUGAAAGAACCUUGUAAGAGGUUUCCCAAAAAAUUUGGGGAUCUUGAAAGAUUCCAAAAACUGAAUUUAACUACAUAUGCGCUGUGAGCUUCACUGGUAUCGCCAACUAGCGCAGUGGUUCCCAACCUUUCUCCCAUGACCGCCUCCUUAGACAGAUUUCACCAGUUGUGAAUACAGUAGACUCGCGAGGUAACUGGGACUGUGACUACCUCGGAUACGGAAAAACUCGGUUAACACUGAGAUUAGUUAUAUUGAUAGAAAAACACGUAUAUAAUCAUAACUGUGGAUAUUUUAAUGACAAAAUUAAUAGAGUACUGUCUAUAAAAGAUAAAAACAUUUACCUUAUCAAUAUUACUGUUUAAAAAAGUCUUUGAUUUUGCACAAGCUUUAUUCCUCUUUUUGAUUUUGAGACGGCGAUGUUGCGUCAAGGUUGAAAAUUGUAACUCACCUGUUAUGACUUUUGCCUCGGUUAACCGAGGGGCUUGGAUGACAGAGACUCGGAUAACCGCGAGUCUACUGUACUAUAAUCGCCCCCCCUCCCAAUUUUGAAACAAAUAAUUAAUCAGUACAAUAUGUAUUAUUUAUUUUACAUUUUUCGUAAAAUGAUAAAUGGUUAGCAAUAUGUUAAUUUUUCUCUUGGGCCUGGUGUUCCUCAAAUAAAUUCAACUUCAAAUCCCCUCUUUCUAUUAUAUCGAGCCUAUUUCUUUGUUUGUUUGUGUUUCAAUAUAAAUACAGAACUAAGACCUUUCUUCAUAAGAUAUAGAAUAGAAUAGAAAUAUGCUUUAUUGUCACUGAAAAUUAUACAAUUUUAUGGACAAAGCUUAACAUAGAGUCACAAAAAAGAUAUACAUAACAAUAACAAAUACAAUUUUAUAAAAUUAGAUAAAUCGUCAAUAAAAAAAAUAUAAACAAAUUAAAAAAGUGAAGUAAAAAACAAAAACCAAUAUAUUGCAAAAUUACUAUAAAUUGCAAAAUUGAACAUACAACAUAAUAUAAUAAAACACAAACAAAGGAACUAAUAAGUUUAAGCUGCUGUAUGUGACACCCAAAUAUAGAUAAAUACACUUUAGUUACUUGUAUAUUACUGUGAUUUCUUAGUUAGUCAUUAAGAAACUCUUCUACUGAAUAAUAUGGUCUUUUAGAUAAAUGAGGUUUUGUCAUUUUACGGAACUUGAGAAAGGAUGUUGCAGAUUUGAGUUGUAAAGGGAGAUGGUUGUAUAGUUUUUUUGCGGAAUAUAGUAUAGAUUUCUUUACUAACUCAGAAGACGGGAUCGGUAAAUAGACAUCAAAAGUUGAAUUUCUGGUGGAGUAGUCACGAUGAGGCCUUGCUGGAAAGACAUGCAUGUGUUUACGAAUUAAGCAAACAGUUUCUAAAAUAUACAAAGAUGGAAGGGUUAAAAUUUCGUGAUCUUUAAAGUAACUUCUGCAAUGGGGUUGUUCUUCUGAGGCCAAACAGAUAUCUUAUUGCUCUUUUUUGUAAUUUGAAAAUAACAUCAAA